AUGACCCGACCAACUUCUUCUCCUUCUUCAUCUUCAAUGUCUUCACUCUGCGAAGGUCCGGAAGGUGUGACCAAAAAGAUUAUCAGAAGGAGAAAAGCCAACGAUCGUGAGAGAAAUCGGAUGCAUGGGCUGAACAAAGCAAUGGACAUACUGCGGGAUAGGAUGCCAUUGCUUUCCACACAACAGAAACUGUCAAAAAUCGAAACAUUGAGGCUGGCAGCGUAAGUUUUCUGAAUUUAUAAUACUUAUAGUACUUGCGAUAAGACUUAAGGGUUACCGUAUUCUCCCAAAAAGUUUUCGGGGUUACAUAGAUGUGAUUAUAGCACAAUUUAUCCAAUUAUCCAAAUAUUUUCCCGGGGUUGCGCAAUCUUUUCCUUAUUUGUCAUUUCUUGGCCAUAGUUGGGUAAUCUCGACAUUUGACCGAUCCAAUGGGAAGCUAGGCCAAUAACGUCACAUUACAGUUUCGGAUUUCAUGCUCGAUCAAAACUCAUAUUUGACAGGUCAAUUUGAGGUAAUCAAAAAGACUUAAACUAGUUGUGACGCCUUUACAGCAACCUUUACGGUAUUUUUCCUGAAGAAUCUAGGAUUGUAAUCGCCUCUUGAGGGACCUUGUAACAUCAUAAUCCCCCACUUUAUCCAGUCCCCAACUCAAGGGUCAUUAAACUGAAGAAUGCGCAUAAUCAAGUGCAAUAUAAUGCGUGGCCAUGAACGUUCAAGGAUGGCCAAGGACUCGGGGCUUUAUAAGGGCCGUUCGAUUGUUUUUAUUAUUUCCGAGAGAUUCAGGGGAUUGUGGAAGAAAUAAUGAAAAAUCGAGUUAAAAAAUUGCAGUUUCGAAUAAUAAUGCGUAUUCAAAUAGCCUCCAAAUAUAUAAUUCAUAUCGAAUCACGCAUCCAAAUUGCUUGUCACAGUCAAUUUCCUCGGCCAUGCAUAAUAAAACACGUCCGUUAAUUACCGUAACCUGUUCUGCCUUCCCCUGCCCUUUUUAAUUCAUAGUCUCUCACCUCUCAUAACCACCAUUUCCACUUGUCCGGAAACCACUUAUUCUUGAUCGAAAUCUGACCCAAAUCCGUUUAGAGGAGAUCAAAUGGCCAUGUUUACGUAUGUAUAAUAUGUUUUGGGUAAUCGACUGUUUGCGCAAGUAAUUUUUGCAAAUUGAGGACUGUAACGGAUUGAUUGCUUAGGUAAACAGCGAGUGUGGAUCAUAUUGAAUUUUGGGGUAACGAUCACACUAUGUAAAUAUGUAGGGUAACUUCAAGAUACUUGAAUGUAUCUCUUCACGUCCAUAGAUCCUUGGUCUACAAUUAGUUUUGAGACUUUACUUGCGUCAACUAUUACUAAUCAUGGAAAAGCUUUCUCUAAUCCCAAAUUUAUUAACCACCCCCUAACCAAUCCCCGUUAUUUACCUGCCUAAUUAUUGCGCCAAUUCUCACCUCACUGCCCUCUCGAAACAAUAGCAACUUGUCUCUCUUGAGGAGCCCUGCAUGCAUAAUAGAGUGGUCCCAUCUCUCACUUGAUUAUACGUUGUCAUGCUCAUUACUCUAAUUUAUAAUUGGGUGAUUGAUUCGGGUCGAGAUUGCCCAAAUACAAUGGAUUAAUCGGGCCAUCGAAAUCCGCAACAAGGAUCGAUCUCUUGCCUUUGUGUUGCAUGCUUUAUUUUUUCAAUGGUUUGGGGUUUAGUGGUGUUUACAGCAGAUUUGACGUGCUAUGUAUUUCAGGAAUUACAUCAACAUGUUGAACAUGACUCUUCAACGAAAUGUGGAGCCCUCCCCGUUGGAAUCGGCCAGAAUAUUAUCCUGUGGACUCUCUCAAACUACUGCCAAUAUGAUCGCCAAUCUUUACAAUGUUCCUCCUCGGAUUUUGAUGAUGACACAACAACAAAAAAAAUUGAUAAACACAUCGACCUCAAGCUCUGAGGGGGAAUACUUUUUGAAUGUAGAAAGCCAAUUUCCGACCCCCGGAUCAGCGGAAUUGCAAAGUUUGAGCAUGAUGGCUGAAGGCGAAUAUAGUUGUAUCUCCUCACAAGGCAAUAUGGCGCCUUACAACGAGAUGAGAAACGUUUAUCGACCUCAUAAUGGACAGUAUCAAUUUUAA